GCCCAUGAGAAGUCCAUGCGCGAUUUAGCUUUCAUCAAUAAAGUCACUAAUUACACCCGACAAAACGAUAUUUUGUAAGAAUUUCAGGAUGGGAAAAAAGAAUGGAAAAUCUAGCAUCAAGGCCAAUAAAAAAAUAUUUGUUGCACGUGCUGCAGUUCCUGACAAAUCGGACAACACAGAAGAGGUAGACAUCUCGGAGCAGCUUGCCAAUGAUGAUGGAGACGACAACGAGUUUGAGCAGGAGAAAAGAGGCAGCGAUGACACGAGCGGCGAUGAGACAAAAGAGACACGAAAAUUGGUGAUGCAACAGAACCGAAAGAAGAAGAAGUCUGGAGGUUUCCAAUCAAUGGGUCUAUCUCACCUCGUCUUCAAGGGAGUCAUUAGGAAAGGCUACAAGCAGCCAACACCCAUUCAGAGGAAGACGAUUCCCAUCAUCAUGGAUGGUAAAGACAUGGUUGCCAUGGCGAGGACAGGAAGUGGAAAGACUGCCGCCUUUCUUAUCCCGAUGUUCGAAAAACUCAAGACGCACACAGCUAAAUCGGGUGCCAGAGCAAUCAUCAUGGCUCCAACGAGAGAGUUGGCGCUGCAAACGUUGAAGUUUACGAAGGAGCUUGGGAAGUUCACCAGUCUCCGAGCUGCGCUGGUCCUCGGUGGAGACAAACUUGAAGACCAGUUUGCGGCUCUUCAUGAAAACCCCGACAUCAUCAUAGCAACCCCGGGACGUUUCCUUCACGUCGUCAUGGAAAUGGACAUGAAGUUGGGAUCAGUCGAAUACAUCGUCUUCGACGAAGCCGACAGACUCUUUGAGAUGGGUUUCCAGGAACAGUUAGAAGAGAUCAUCAAGCGACUCCCCGACUCGAGGCAGACGUUACUGUUCUCUGCUACUCUUCCCAAACUGCUGGUCGAAUUCGCCAAGGCCGGUCUCCACGACCCGACACUCAUUCGUUUGGAUGUUGACACCAAACUCAGUGAAAAUCUCCAGAUGGCGUUCUUUCAAUGUCGUGCUGAUGAUAAACCAGGGUUGCUACUGCAUCUGCUCCUGAACGUCAUAUCGCCAAAGUCGCAGACUGUCAUCUUCGCCGCAACGAAACAUCAUGUUGAGUUCUUGAAUAUGUUACUGAAAGAAGCUGGUAUCAGCUGCACCUAUAUCUACAGUGCCCUCCAUCCAACGGCGAGAAAAAUCAGCGUGGCCAAGUUUCAGAAGAAGCAAACAAUGGUGCUAAUAGUUACGGAUCUUGCCGCUAGGGGGAUUGACAUCCCGAUGUUGGACAACGUCAUAAAUUAUCACUUUCCGGGGAAACCCAAGUUGUUCGUUCACAGAGUCGGUCGUGUUGCCCGAGCGGGUCGCAGCGGGACGGCAUAUUCCUUAAUCUCACCGGACGAGAUACCCUACGUUCUGGAUCUUCAUCUCUUCCUUGGCCGACCCAUGAAGUAUGCGACAGCCAAGAGUAAAAAAGAUGAGGAUGGCGUUUAUGGCCGCGUCCCGCAGUCCGUAAUGGACGAUGAAGACGAGAAUGUGAAGAAAUAUAUAGCAAGCAGCAGCGAUCUGAAAGGUCAAUUCAGCGUGGCCGAGAAAGCCAUGAAGCAAUAUCAACGCUCACGGCCUGCGCCCUCUAACGAGUCAGUCAAGCGCAUGAAGGAACAGAAGCAGAAUCUUAUCUCGAUGCACCCGCUGUUUGGAGAUUUGGAUAUUGAGGCAGAAGAAUGUAGAGCUAAGUUACUGGACUCAAUGAAGAAGUACAGGCCUGGCAAUACAGUCUUCGAAAUCAGCACCACCAGUAAAAGCACGGCAUUCGACGUUAUGAAAAUGAAGCGAGAUAUGCAUCAAGGCGCCAUCGAAGGGCGGAAAAACAAACUAAAGGAUCGGGCCGAUAAAGAAGAAGAGGAAGUGAUUCGUGGAGCGGGGAUUAUCACGGCGGAGAUGAGCUCGGAGAAUGAUUUACAGGAUGUGUUCAAACGUGUCGUCGCCCCAAAGGCUUCGAAGUACGAAUAUGAAGAGACUUAUAAAAAGCAGGGAAAGAAGAGAAAACCUGUGAGGGAUGAAGAAUUCUACCUGCCGUACCGGCCCAAGGAUUUUGAUUCGGAGAAAGGUCUGAGUCUUAGCGAUGGUUUCCAUCAGCAGAGCCAGAAUGCCGUACUCGACAUUACGGGUGAUGAUGCGGACGAAAUGCGGAAGCAGCAAAAACAGAUCAGAUGGGACCGAAAGCGCAAGAAAUUUGUCGACAUCACAGGUCAGGAUGGGCCGGCCAAUAAGAAGAAGAUUAGGACAGAGAGUGGCGUGUGGAUCCCAGCGACAUAUAAAUCUAAUAUUUAUAAAGAAUGGGUUAAGAAGACAAAGACCGGAGAGCAGGAGAGAGACGACGAUGACGCUGACCGGAAGUCGCAGCGGUCGCAGCGAGGAUUCCAGGUGAUGGGAGGUGGAAAUAGUGGAAGAAAAGGUUUCCACCAGGGUGGCAAGGGGUUCAAGAAGAAAGACACAGAUGAUAUGAAAAGUCAGGGAAGGAGGGCAAAGAAAUAUGAAAUGAAAUCGACAGAGCACAUUGCGAAACAGAGACUGAAGAAGGAGGCUGUGCAGAACUUUAUGAAAAAACGCGAAGUUAUGCGACAGAAACGGAAAGCUUCGUUCCAUGGAAAAGGAAGUAAAUCGUCUUUCGGAGGGAAAGGGGGGAAAUCUUCGUUCGGAGGGAAAUCUUCGUUCGGAGGGAAAGGACAGAAAUCAUCUGGGGGUGGUAAAGGAAAACCUUCGUUUGGGAAAAAGAAAAGAUAGGAGUGACCGACUGUGCUGAACAAAUGUGUCAGUGAAUAUGAAAUGCACAUGUCUGCGUAGUUGAUUUCAGUCCACAGCGCUUGCGCGUCUGGAGUUAAUCAGGAUUGAUAAUUACGAUCUUCCCAUUGACCAGGUGCAGGAAAAUUGCAGAUACAUUGGGUGAUAUGAAUAAAGACUAUCAAAUGCUUUUAUCUAAAACUCCAUGUACAAUUACACUUGGCCUUUCUGUACAAAAUUGAAGUAAAAGCAUUUGCUAGCCUUUAUUCAUAUCACCCAUUGAUUCGUUUGACAUUUAAGUGGAUUAAGUUCGAAAGAGUCUAUUGGUUAGACCGGUAGUUCUGUUGUGAAAGUGACCAGUUCCUUGUUUGAAAUGGGAUGGGAGGGCUUAAAUGAGAGUUGCCUGUCCACUUCUGUAAGAUCCUAUCCAGCGGAUGACCAAUUUGGCUUAUUGUUCAAGUCCAGUCUUUCAUAUCAAGCUCAACACUAUGGAUCAGCUUGAGGUCGGCUGGUAUAUAAAAGUAACUCAAAU